UUUUUGCAUUGAUACAAAGGUCAUUUUAAGCCUCUUUGACGCUCAAGCUGUGUCUUUUCAUAAAAAACUUGAAGACAUGAAUGGUGAUCCAAGGGUGAUUGUCGCUACUAGCAUAAACUCUAAGAUGGUUGGAGGUGGUUUGUUCCUCAAUGCAACAUCAGGAACACACAUCUACUUUGACAAGGAGACCACCGCAGGGGAGGUUUACUUCUACAAUUUGGUCGCUAGAGACACUGGAGUCCCAUCUGUUGCACCAUUACUGAAAGGAUAUGCAAAGGUGGAGACUCUGACCGUCGCAGAGCUCAAUAAUUUUAUAACCUCUGCUACAUCACAGGAAAUUGACUUCAUCUGCACCGGUAAAGUUGUCCGGCUCGACGUGGACAAGGGAUGGUGUUAUGUUGCCUGCGCCAAAUACAGUAAAAAAUUGCAGCGUACAGUCUCUGCUUUGGAGUGUACGCGAUGCAAUAAUACCAAUGCUGUCGGCGUUCUCCG